AUGUAUUAUUCCAAUCCUUCUCUAAAAUUUAAUAAAAAUUUUGUUGAAGUAUUAAACACAAAACUAUUCUUAUUUUUUAAUUUUAAAAAGUUGUUUGAACAAUAUAAAAAUGCUGGUCCAAGUUUCAUAUUAAUUAUUUCUGCUGUCCUACUGAAUAUUAUUGGGGUGCCAGGAAUUACCUUUAAUUUACUUCUUCUUUAUGUUACCGUUAAAAACAAAAAUUUGAGAGGGCCAACAAAUUAUUUAUUGGCUUUAACUGCUUUUUUUGAAAUUCUCCAUCAAUCCGCCCAUUUUGUUUUUUUAUUUGUUGCUGUCAGUGGAAUUAAUUUUAUUAAUUAUUCUACAGCUUUAAUAUUCCAAUUACAUUCAAUUUUUGGUUUAACAGCAGCACAGACAGCAAUGUGUUCUACAGCUUUUGACCGUCUUCUCGCUGUUUCAUUUUCAAUGAAAUAUGAUCAAAUAAAAAUUCGCCCUUAUUUGUUUGUCCACACUUUUGUUGCUUUUUCUAGUGGAAUUUGGAUGUCAAUAAAUGCUAUUUUAUUUGCAAAUAAAUAUCCUUCAAUUAAAGUUACGGGAAAUAUGAGUGACCUUUUAAUUUUGGAUAUGCAUAUCCUCCAUUUAUUUAUGAUGUCCCUUUGUUCAUUAAAUGUUAUAAUUUAUUUACUUGUUUGGGUAGUUGUUUGUUUUCAUCAAUCAACAAAUAAUAUUAACGGAGCUCAAUCUGAUAUUCAAUCUCGUCUAUUAAAAUCUCUAAUUCUUAUAUUUUCAAUCGUUAUCGGCGGUUUUGUUUGUGGCACUAUUUUGCGUCCAAUUAUUAAUAUUUUUAUAAUUCUUAAUAAUAUACAAACAUGGUAUGUUAAAGUUUUUGAAGGUAUUUUAACAAAUAUUGGAGCUUCUGCAGAAACUCCUACACUUUAUAUUUUUAGUAGUUUAUAUCGAGAAGCUUUUAAUAAAGAAUUAAAGAAAAUAUUUUGUAAAAAUUAUAAUAAAAAUAAUGUAGUUAAUGUUAUUCCUGCUUUGGUUAUCUCUAAUUAA